UUUUCAGGCGAAUGGUGCGUUCAUUUGGGCUUGAAUAAGUCUUAGAGAGAUUCUUCAGUUUUGUUUUAGUUUUUCAUAGAUUGAUCCUUCACCAUCUACCGGAAAGUGACUAUCAAAACUUCCGCAGUGAGGUACAUUCCUACCGAAUAUGCUUCAAAUAUCUUAGCAUUUCCGAUCCUCUCUCACUCUCUCUUUUUCCGUUUAUAUCGCUUGCAUUCUGAGGCAAUGCUAGAGCGGGCUGCGCGAUGCAUCGAGACCGCAGGCCAGCACAUUUUCCUUUACUCCAAAAGUCCACUUCGGUCCCGACGAAUUUUACAUUCAAAUUUCUGGCACCAUGGCGCAGUUGAUAUAGAUAUACCUUUUUGGUGUUUUGGUUUUCUCUACCCGCCUUCUUCCCCCGGAGAUCCUAAUUGCCGCGACCGAGAACAACGAAUUUCGUCUAAUCGCCCUGCAUCCUCCGCACACCUUGAAUUUCUUUACCCGCCCCGAACCCAGUCCUUUGCGCGAGCUUACCUACGGACACGGAACCUACAUAGGAGCUCGGCUAUUCGACGGAGAAAACGGUUUUCUUAUCGAGGUUUCGCGUCCUCGACAGACGAUCCUGACGGGCAUAAAGUUCCGGCCGCGAAUGAACUAGGACGGGUAUCCGAGGCGUCGACCACGCAUUCUAACGGGGAUGCCGUAUCCGAUGGGUUACGCCAGUUAUUUUCCAAAGACGGCCCACCGGCCUACGCUAGAGCGUGGGGUCUUUUCCAGGCCGCUGGAAGCCCCCGUGAAUUAAUUCCUCAAAUGCUCGCCUAUCUUUCGACUUCUGAUAGGCGUAUUGAUGCUGAUCGAACGAAGAUGCUUUUCAACGUUAUCCCGAUUUCGGAAAGGAAGGCAAAGGAUUAUUUAUACGCAGUGAAGACAGCACUAACUUGGAACGUUGACGGUCUUCGGGCUAAAGAUAUAUACAACGAAGCAGUGUCUAGGGCUGAGGGAGAUCUGUGUUGGAGCUUUGCGAUUACAUUUUUAAUAAACCGGCAAAAUUGGCAUGAAGCCAUUGAAAUUUGGAAUAAUCGACCCGUUUCGGGAGCCUUGGGGGGAACACAGGCUAAAUCUGUCGAGUUGCCUGACUUGUCUCGAUUGCCAAACCUGAUUUUUUCAUUUCUCAAGGCAAUACAGAUGGGAAAAUUAGACACUGACACGUCGGGCCUGGCUGACUUUCUUAAAUUCAUGGUAUAUCAUGUGGUUUCUAGUCGGAAAUUGAUCAUGGAAAUGUCCACGAAAUCGACGUUGCUAUUGCUCGAGCGCCUUUACUCGCUGCAGUUACUUGAGCCUGGAUUCUACUUGAAAGCGAUCUCCACCUUGCAGUCGGUGGGUUUACGAUCUGCAAGCGCCAGAGCAAUAAUCCUUUACCGCAACUUGCGAUGGCGGCUCCCCAACGAAAAAGUUUCCGAACAACUUCUGACCCGGCUCAUAAAAAUGCUAUCCACGUUUGAGAUAUCGGAAGGCGUUAAGUAUCUACUCGAUGAGUAUCGGCAUUUCCACGAGAAACCGUCACCAGACGCAUAUCGCCAUGCCUUGACGGGGUUUGCAAGGCUGGGUAAGGAAAAUGAAGUUGAGGGCCUAUUUCAGAGUUACGUCAAGGAUCAUGGCAAGCCAUCAGAUCUUAAACUACUUUCCCCUCUUCUCUAUGUCCAUGCAAGUCUUGGUCAGGUUAAGAAGACCCAAACCAAGUUCAAUAGGCUAGCAAAGGAUUUCAAUUUGCCUCCGAAUGUGGUGUGUUGGAACAUACUUCUUACCGCUUACACGAGGGCCGAUGAUUUCAGUGGUGCUCUUUCAACCUUCCGGACUAUGGUCCAGAAUGGUAUCAGUCCCGACUCACAUACCUUCGGCAUCUUGAUCGGAUUCCUUGCCAAUAAAGGUGAUGUGGAUGCAGUCAUUAAUCUAUUCGGAAUUGCAAAGCAGAAUAAGGUCCCUAUAAAUUCUACUCUAGUUGAUGGAGUUGUUGGGGCGUUAUGCAAUAACCGAAGGUAUGGUGACGCCGAAAAGGUGGCCAAUGAAGCGCUUCAGUUGAACUUGCAUGGUUCCCUGACAAGAAUGUGGAAUGUCCUCCUCUGGAAUUACGCCUUUAUACCGGACGUCGAGUCGGUUUCAAGAAUACAAGCACGGAUGCAACAAGAAGGCAUUGAAUUUGAUGGAAUGACGUACGCGGCGCUGAUGCUAAGUCUUGUCCGUUUGGGCAAACUUGAUACAGCCCGCCAAAUAUUGGGUAAACUUCAUCGAAGCCGCCGGGUCCAUAUUACCGAACUCCAUUACGCCAUCUUACUCCGUGGCUAUUUAAAGGAAGGAAACCGUGACAUGAUACUAAUCCUCUACAAGGAAAUGAUUGAAAGGUUUAAUACGCUUGGCCUCAGCGGGAGCCUCUCGAUGCUUAGAGCCUAUAUAAACCGCGAUCUCCAGCGAUUCAAGGAGAACGGUGGCAUUGACGGAGACGAACCUUUGCAGUUGCCACGUGCAGAACGAUUCUUGGAUUCGAUCAUGGAAAAUUUCGAUGUCUCUAUGCUCGCAACUAAACAACCACAACCGGGCGCUGGAAAGCGGGCGGUUAGGGAGGCCUUCCCUUCUGCGUAUUAUGAAUCCCUCAUCCUAGCUUAUGGUUCAGGGAGCGAAGUCGAAAAGGCCAACAGGGUAUUGGACAAGUACAAUUCGAAGACGCGAGAGCUUUCUUGGGGACAGCAGUCUUCUCCCCUUCCGAUGCUACAUGCUCAAAUGGCCACAUACCUUAGACAAGGAAAACACGACAAAGUCGACAUGUGCUGGAAGAAGGCUGUGGAGAGCAUAAGUAGCAUUGCACAGCCUAUGAACCUUGACUCUUUAUUAGCUUACUCGCUCCCGUGUGAGUUCAAGAACCCAGACGGUUCACAAGACCAACGUCAGGAAACCCAGUCGAAUAACCAUACCUCUAGCAUCCUUCCAUCUUAUCGCUUUGCCCUCUCUCGCUGCAUUUCUGUUUUGAUGCAGUCAUUGUCAUAUCGGAAUCUCCACUCUAAAAUUUCGGAUAUCAUUGCUGAGGUUGAAAAGAUUGGCUUUGUACUGACAACUUUCAACUGGUCUCUUUAUAUCAAACUCCUAUGUUUGUCUCGACGUCCAGCCGAUCAAUUUCGCGCUUUUACGAUAUUCGAAGAGAAAUUUAUAUCAAAUUUUGUUAGUUGGGGACAUAUUCGACGAGGAUAUACGAAAAGGCCAGACGAUGCACCUGCCGGGCUUGAUUUCCUUGAGCGUCGAUUUUCUCCCUUGAAACAAUAUCAAGUGUUGGGCAAAGCUGGUCGCCAAGCGUGGGCAAGAAUCCGACCGGAUUCCAUGCAACCAACGUAUCUAACCAUGCUUUAUCUCGCAUCAGCCUUAAUCGAUGUCCGCGCUCGAUCUGUUGCAGAUGGCGAAGGGGAAAUGGAUUCGCUGCUUUCAAAAGCCCCACAAACCGUUAGUGCAGUUGCAAAGCUCCCGUUCCUUCGUGAGAAAUUCCAGGGAAUUAUCCUCCGUGGCCACCGCAAUAUGGAUGACGAGGCGGUUCCUAAACCUGUUGAUACCGCUAAUCAUGUGGUCUGGACUGGUGGUAUUCUCGGCGUGGAUGGAGAGCCCCGCCUAGAUACGAGCCCAAGGCAUCAAGAAGCUGAACAAAGCAGUGCAUCCAAGUCUGGACGCCCCCGUAAAUCUAAGGCUCUGAUGGAUCCUGGAGAAGAUACUUCUGAGCCUAGUGCUGAUUUGUUAGAGAGUAUAUUCGCCGAGGACGCGAAAUGGAGGGGAGCUCGUUUUGGAACAGAAGCACAUUUCGAACCAGAACCGUCGCAGCAGACAUUGGACGCUCAGGACGAGCUAGAUUUGGAAAUGGAAAGCCGCCUUGAAAAACAACUUGCCGACGAUUGAUGUUUCCACGUCACACGUGAUCUGAAUUUAAAAAAAACACCCGUGGCCAGUCGCACUUCGGGUAGCGCUAUAAACCACACACAAACAUACAUAUAUAUACCUUACCUGAAAGUCUCAGCUCUAUCAGGUAUACCUGUAUCAUAUUUAUUGUUAAGACAUUGACUGUAUUUUGAAGAUGUGCAUAUUACGGCGUAUGUCAUAUGAAUACUUUCUUUUUUUUUUCCCUUUGUUUUUGAAAAAUGCAUGGGGUUUCAAAAGGAGAUAUCAUCUUCCUGCACUUUAAAAUUGUCGGUUUUUGAGCGGAUCGAUAUAUAGAAUUUUUGGCUCUUUACUUACCA